CACACCCACUGCUCAUAGCAACUUGACAAUCCAAUUCGUCCCAAGCAUCCUCUCCAUUAUCAUCUUCAUCCUUACCUUCUCGCUUAUCAAACUUCCACUCCCACUUGUCUCUGUUGGAUGCGAUUGCCUUCCUUCAGAGACCAAGUGAUUUGAGCUUUGCCUUUGGGUUACUAGAGAUGACAGCUUCAAUGAUCCAAAAGAUCCAAGCUCAAGUUCUUUCUUCCAUGGACCAAGAGACCAAGCUGGUCCAUAAUCAGGGCAUACUCACCAUUUUGGGCUCUGCCACCGUAAGGAACGAAGUUACUUCAUCUUCUCUGCGUCUGCGACGAACUCUAUCAGAUGACAUGUCGUCCAAGAAAUGGCUCUCUCAAAAUGGGUUCACUCCAAUGAAAAGGAUGACAGCUUCUUCUGAAGAUCUCUCACGGUCCGAAUUCAUUCCUGAUUCAUUCUCCUCCUCCUCUUCCGAAGGAGACGACAAAUACGAACAAGAAAACAAAAGGCUGGAAUCUGAAGAACAGCCAGGACAAUCCGACAUUUGGACCUCAAUCCAACGAGACAAAAACAAAAACCGAGAACAGCCGGGACAAUUGGACAUUUGGAGUUCAAUCCUGUCUCAGAAGGCCAACGAGGACUCCUCCAAGUCACUCCCGCCUCCUUACGUUCACCCGCUUGUGAAAAGAUCACAAAGCUCUUUGUCUGAAAAGAGCCUCGAAAUCUGCACGGAGAGUCUCGGAUCCGAAACAGGAUUCGAUCUUCUCUCCACCGACCCACCUUCUGAGACUGGAGAUGCAGGAGAGGGCAAGGAAGAAGAGCAGGAGCAGAAAGUAACAGAGGAAGCAGAGGAAGACAACUUCGAAGUGCCAAAAUAUAACAAUACUGCUAAUAGCAAGAAGUUUUGUCGACGCUCUUUCCCUCCUCCACUCCCCUCACUUUCUCGUUCAGAUGGUCCCUCACUUCACAUGCGCCCCCACCGCGACGACGGAAGGUUAGUCCUCAAAGCUGUGUCCGUUCCUUCUCAGAACAACUUCUCUGCUCAACGCCAAGAUGGUCGGCUCGUCCUCACCUUUGCUAACCAAGAGUGCAAGGAGGAAGAUUCUGUGGAAGUGAUGGAAGAAGCAGAGGAAGAUCGAAUGGAAGAGGAAUCAGAGGAUGAGCUCAGGGUUUUUGAGGAAGAUGACGAAAAAGAGGAAGAAGAGGUCGGAGAAAUUGAAACGAUGGGAGAUCAACCAACCAUGUUGUCAAGUGGGAUCACAAGGUUAACGUGGACGAUGAAUAAGCCAGUUGAAUUGGUUGAUAGUAAUCCAAAUUGGUCUGAGAAGCUGAACGAAGUGGUGAAGUUGGAGAAUGUGCCAGGUGUGGCUCGCUUGAUUUCCCCAGCUUCAGCAAUCGGAUCCACAACUUCUAUCAACGUCUAUGAAUACUACUGGCGAGCCAAUCCCACACCAAAGUCAAAUCCACUCACUAUUCAACGAGACUGUAACACCUCCUCCAACGUGAAAAACAACAAUAGCAGCAGGUUCAUUGUGUCUGGGGACAUGAAUCAGAACUCAAAUGAGACGCAACAGUUAGUGGUUCUCCGAGGGAAGAAUGGGGAUUACUUGGUUCAUAAUCUCAAGUGUUGCAAGGAGUCUAGAAGGUCUUUCCUUCUCUGGGAGCCCUAUUGCGUUGCCACUUCCUGAGUAUUAGAGUCUCCGCUCUUAGACUGGUCCUGCCUGUCCCAUUGUUAUUCCAAAUUAAACUCCAUUUUACUCAAGUUGUUAGUUAUUUACUCCUUCUCUCUCCACUCGGUUCCACUCUUCAGGGAGCUCUAGUCCAAUAAGGUGGUUAGGAAUUAGGAAAGAGAGAGAGAAGAAUAUAGUAAAUUAUAAACUUAUUUUCUUGUUCAAUGACAUGACUUCAUCAGCACUGUCAUAUUCUAUAUAUUUAUUCGUC